AUGGUUGCCAAAAAGAGAAAGGCCUCUAGGCAGAUGCCCAAAAGCGACAAACAGGAUUUCGACAAGUCUAAAGGCAAAGUGGCCUUCAAUUCAUACGAAGAUAUCGCGGACUCAGAGGAUGAAUUUCAUAUCAACAGAGACAAAGUACUGUUGGACCAGGAACCUCAUGCCAAACGUCAGAGAAAGUCAAGAGAUGAAGAUGAAUUAAUUGAGCAGUCGGACGAGGAAAUCUUAGGUUACUCGGAGGAGAGUUCAGAGGAAGAGGAAGAGGUCGAAGCUCCAAAAUCGAAGAAGAAGUCCAAGGCGAAACUAUCGGAUGAUGAGGGCGCCGAAGAGGAAGAAAACGAGGAUGCUGAGGGAUGGGGAUCUUCGAAACGCGAUUACUACGAUGCGGAUAAUAUCGAGACGGAAGCGGAUGCCCUGGAGGAAGAAGCAGAGGCUAAACGAUUACAACAGAAAAAGCUACAGAAGAUGUCAGAAGCCGAUUUUGGCUUCGAUGAGAAUGAAUGGCUAGGCGAAGGAGGUGACGAGGAAGAGGGAGAUGUGGUGACAGAAGUUUUGAAGGAUGUGGAGAUUACAGAAGAUAUGGGUCCGGAAGAAAGGUUGAGGAUACUACAAACGAGAUAUCCGGAAUUCGAAUUUCUGGCAAACGAGUUUGUAGGACUACAACCCAUUCUUCAAGACCUACAAAAAGAAGUAGACGAAAUGUCCGAAGAUGCAAUCGAGGCGAUGCCUAUCCCAGUUGUGAAGGCCAGGGCCUUGGCAGCUUAUUUGGCAGCCUUGACCAUGUAUUUUGCGAUUCUCACCUCUCCGGCAAAAGAUGGCAAAGGCCAAGGGAAGACUAUUGAUCCAUUAGAGUUGAGAGAUCACGCUGUUAUGGACAGUCUACUGCAAUGUCGGGAGUUAUGGUUGAAGGUCAAAUCAAUUGAAGUUGCAGAGGUGGAAGACAGCUCGGAAGACGAAUCAAUGGACAACCUGGAGGAUGCAAUCAUGGCAGAAGAGGAGAUGGAGACAAUCCGACCAACGAAGAAAUCUAGGAAGGAAUUGGCUCGUGCUACGGCAUCUGAAAUGGCCGCUGCAAAACGCAGUAGACAAAUACAGGAAGCAGAAGAUGACUUGGCGGAUCUCGAUAAUCUCGUAUCCAGAUCCAAGAAAUCAAAGAAGGCAUCGAGAGCCGUUGUUGAGGCAGAUGACGAUUCCGAUUUUGGUGAAGAAGAAUCUAUGGAUGCUAAGGCUGCGGAAGAGAAGGCCAAGAGGAAGAAGUCACUCAAAUUUUACACGUCUCAAAUUGCUCAGAAAUCGAAUAGAAGAGCCGAUGCUGGAAGGGGAGCUGGUGGUGAUGAGGAUCUACCUUACAGGGAAAGACUCCGAGAUCGCCAGGCACGACUCAACGUUGAGGCCGAGAAACGUGGAAAGAAAUUGGACGAAUAUGGACGAGGCACGGCUCUUGGUGGAGAUAGUGAUGACGAUGACCAGGCUGUUGCUGGCGAAGUUCGGGAUAAUGGAGACGAGUAUUAUGAUAUGGUCGCACAGACAUCGAAGAACCGCAAGGAUGACAAAGAUGCGAAAUAUGCAGCGAUUGUAGAAGCGAAGAAAGCAGGGAAGUUGGCGAGAGUGGUAGAAGUGGAGAACGAUGAAGAUGGCAAGAGAGCUAUUGGAUAUGUUAUUGAAAAGAACAAGGGAUUGGCGCCAAAGAGGAAGAAGGAAGUCAGAAAUCCCAGAGUCAAGAAGAGGAUGAAGUAUGAAGAGAAGAAGAAGAAGUUGGGAAGUAUGCGGGCUGUGUACAAGGGUGGAGAAGAGAAAGGUGGUUACGGUGGUGAGAAGACCGGUAUCAAGACCGGCUUGGUUAAGAGUAGAAAGUUGUUAGGACAGUGUGACUUUGAGUCUGCAAAUUGUACGAAAGGUCCUGCUUCGCAUCACUUCUCAAACCGUCGCGAUGUAGCGCAAUGUGGUAGGAGUGCUCCACAAGGAAGCCAAGUAUGUCCUUUGAAUACUUGCUGUAGCGGUAACGGAUACUGCGGGACCACCUCCGCCUACUGCAUCAACGCCGACCCCAUCAACAACAACGCCCCCUGCCAAAGAGGCUACGGCGCCUGCGGCCUCAUCAACUUCCCCAACUGCGCCGGCAGCAGCACCGCAUCCCACGGUCGCAAAGUCGCCUAUUGGCAAACGGGCAGCGCAACCCGUAUCUGCAACGCCCUACCCAUCUCUCUGGUCCAAACGCAAGAUCUAUCCCAUCUCAUCUUCGCCUUCAUGUCCAUCUCGCCUAGCACAUACAAAGUGAUCCCGUUCGAUAACAGCGUCGUAUCUCUCAUGUAUCCCUUCACGGCUCUGGCGUCCACGACGCUCGCAACGUAUAUGGGGGUUGGAGGGGGUGGAUCAACAGGGUUGGCGGGCACGUGGUCGCUGAUGGUGGGGAGUCAGGGGACUCGUGCGACUUUUAUUAGGAGUGUGCAGGAUUGGUUGCUGACGUUUGGGUUUCAGGGCGUGGAUUUGGAUUGGGAGUUUCCGGGGUCGGUGCAGGAUCGCGAUGGGUUUGUUUUGUUGGUGAGGGAGAUGAGGGAGAUUUUUGAUGCGAAUUAUGGGGGGAGGAAUUGGGGGAUUAGUGUUGUUUUACCCCCCGAUAUAUCCACCCUCCAAUACUUCGACCCCAUCAACCUAGAGCCCGUCACCAAUUUCUUCAACUUCAUGUCCUACGACCUGCACGGCCCCUGGGAAGCCUCCAAUCCCUCUCUCGGCGCAUACAUCCGUCCCCAGACUUCUCUUUUGGAUAUCGCGUCUGCGCUUGCGCCGCUCUGGUUCGCGGGGGUUGAUCCGCAGAAAGUUAAUUUGGGUCUGGCGGCUUAUGGGCGCGGGUAUGUUUUGAGUGAGAGUGUGGGUGGGAGUGGGGGAGAGGGGUGUGAUGGAGUGGGUUGUCCGUAUGUAGGGCCUAGUUUGUCGGGACCUUGUACGAGGGAGAGUGGCGUGUUGAGUUUGCGUGAGAUUGAGGUGUUGGUGGGGAGGGAGAAUUUGGGGGUUUCGUGGGUGGGGGGUGGAGGAGAGGGGACGGCGACAGGGGAGCAGGAAGUGGCGGUUAAACAGUUUGUUUUUGGGGGUGGGAAGCAGUGGAUGGGGUUUGAUGAUGAGGAGAGUUGGGGGUUGAAGAGGGGGUUUGCUGAUCGUUUGUGUAUGGGGGGAACGGUGGUUUGGAGUUUGGAUUUACAGGGGGUGGGGAGGUGA